AUGGAAAUGCUCGAGAAGAUUCGAAGGGAGAUCUCAAUCCUUGACUGCCUUGAUCAUCCGCACAUCACGAGGCUUUAUGAGCUCAUCGACACCCCAACAGACAUCUUCGUUGUGAUGGAAUAUGUGGCCGGUAAAGGAGGUGAGCUGUUUGACCACAUCAUACAAAAGUCUCGUCUCUCGGAGUCGGAGGCGAGGCGGUUCUUCCAGCAGAUUGUUUCUGCAGUAGAGCAUUGUCAUCAACAUCUGAUAUGCCAUCGCGAUCUGAAACCAGAGAAUGUGUUACUCGACGAGAACCUCAACGUGAAAGUUGGCGAUUUCGGCCUUUCCAACUUCAUGCGGUAA